UGCCACAUCGCGACCGGUCGCUCGCGGGGAGAUGGAGCCCUGUUAUAAAGAGGAGCUGAGACGUUGCCGGCCACAUCUGCUAGCUGUGAGUGGUGUAGUAGCCAUGUGGAAGUGUGUGGUAACCGUUUUGUGCCUUACGAUAGUGGUUAGGGGAGCCGAAGUGCAACAGCCUUCGGCCUCCGUAGCCAAGACUCUCAAGGUUGAGUCGGAUCCGUGGAUGUCGUUUAUUGAGUGUUUCAAGAGCGAUGCACCCGGUGGAUGUCUGCAGCGACGGGCCUUCAAGGCUCUGCUCAGCUGGGCUGAGGGUGACGAGGCCAAUGAGAUCACCUCGGGAGGCCAGCGCAACACCGAGUCUGACGACGAAGAGCCCAAGGUUGAGGGUCUUCCUGCGGGAACUCCUCCAGCCGUCGGGCGCAUCAUUGAUCGUCUCGGUGAUCUGAUUGCCACCAGCCUGGCACAGUUCUACCCUGAGCCCAAUGACGAUGGAACCCCCAACCUGUCUGCCGAAUCCGAGCAACGAUCCAAUGGAGUUGAGCAAGCGAGAGGGCACAAGAAGAAAGUCAAGAAGGAGAUCAAGAAAGCAAUCAUCAAGGUGAUCAUCUUCACACUGCUCUUGAAACAGAAGAUCAAGAUGCUGUUGAUGGCUGCUCAGACCUUCCUGCAGUUCAAGUUCCUGAUGGUUGCCAUUGUCUACGUCAUCUCCAACAUCAUCAGGCUUUGGGUUGAGAUCAAGCAGAAACAUCACCCACAGAAGGUGAUCUACUAUGAAAACGCUCACCACCAGCACCACUAUGAGCCAGAACACCACGACCACGGAAUCCUCGAGGACCAUGGUGGUGGCUGGGGAGGCAUCUGGGGCCGCAGCAUCGCCGUCACCCCCCAGGAGCAGGGAGGAGGCAUGCCCCAGUCCAGCACCAUCGCCACAGACUACUUCCCCAGAAGUAUGGACAACAGUGACCAGUUCCACGCCAACAGAAUGGCCGCUCAAGACCUCGCUUAUGCUCAACAGAAACCUGACUACGCCCAGCAUUGAUCUUCCACUUAUCAUUCAUCUUUGUCAAUUCUAAAUCAAAACUAUUCUACCGAUAUCUAGAAACUUUGAAGGCUUUGAGGCAACCCAUCAUGGGCUACAGCAUGUAUCUCAUGAUGCUAUAACAUGAUGCUGCAUCACAUGGUGCUAUAUCAUCAAGUGCAUUCUUGAAAUCUAGAACAUAUGAUGUUAUAACGUAUGUCUCAAAAGGCUAUAACAUCAAGUGAAUUUUUGAUAUCUAGAACGCAUGAUGUUAUAACACAUAUCUCAUGAUGCUAUAUCAUGUAUCACAUGAUGCUGCAUUACAUGGUGCUAUAUUAUCAAGUGCAUUCUUGAUAUCUAGAAUACAAAUGAUGCUAUAACACGUAUCACAUUGAGCUAUAUCAUUUCUGAUAUCUAGAACACAUGAUGCUAUAACACAUAUCACAUGUUGCUAUAUCAUCAAGUGCAUUUCUGAUUUCUAUAACACAUGAUGCUAUAAUUACAUAUCUCAUGAUGCUAUAGGACUCUUAUCACAUGAUGAUAUAGCAUCAUGUAUAUUUUUGACAACUAGCACAUAACUAGCUAACCAAAAUUCAAUUUUUCCUUCACUUCAAGAGGCUAUUGUCUCUGAGUAUGAAUGAGACUUGAGUAACUCAGAAGCUCUCUAGUGAAUAUUCUGGCAUAAAAUCUACCAUAACACUGAAACAGCUAUGACCACCACAGCUAUGCUCAAAAGACAGCAGAUGUCUCAUCUGUUCAUCUGACUCAAUGCUCCAUUUCAUUGGACAAAUUUUAGGUGGAUCUCUUUCAAAAUCAAAACAGAUCAAAGAUUAUGCUCUCAAAUUCCAGUCUAUUGCAUAACUUACUCUACAAUAGAUCUCAAUUUGUUCGAAUCAUUUUUGGUUGUCUCAAGCCUUCUAGGAACGUUCGAUACGUUUCACUCCAUUAUUGUGCCAAAACAUUAAGAAAAUCAGUCAAUCUAAACUCUAGUAUCAUAGUUUCUCAUUCCUAUAUUUAUUUUGUAUUGUAGUCGUAAGUUAAUAAAUGUUGAUUUGUAGGCCAAAACUGUGUUUGAUAUUGGAUACUCUGAGAAUGCAGUUAGGAGAGUGCUGUACCUUUUUUGCUUGUAUUGACACUGGGUGAAAGGACUCUUUGAGUUUGCCGCUCGAUGAAUCAAACUAGUUAGUUAUUGGUUAUUAUAAUUAUUAUUUAUUUUACAAGAUGAGGUGAUUUGUCAGAUGACGUUGGUGUUUGCCUGUUUCACAGUUUAUAGCUUAAUUUUAAGUCGACCGUAGACAACUUGGCGGGAUAUUAGUACAACAACGGGUUCUUAUAGAAAGGAAGGAAAUAGACCGUUCAGAUCCUUCUUCCAAUCUACUAUAAUCGUAUUUCGAGCUCUGACAAGCCUAUUCAGUUUGUUUCGUUGCUAGCGUCUUAUUAACCGAUGAGAUAGUAAGAUGUUUUCGCUCGGAGCAUUCUGUCGAAUUAUUCUGUAGUUAUUGUGUUGCAUUCUCGAUAGGUUCAAUUUAAGCCUAGUCUGGUCAUGGUAAAGAUCAACCGCAAAAUUAAUGAGCUCGGGGAUCACUGCUCUAGAAACUCUCCAAUUAAAAACAUCUGGAGAAAUCUUUCAACUCAUCUGAUACCGAUUGGACUUUUCUGGGUUCCAACCCAACAAUCAACCAACAGAUUUGAUCAAAAAUUUUCCCAAUACAUAUAAAACACAUGGAUCAUUCCUGACUCCACUGAUACAGAUGAGGCCUUACAAGCUUUUCAUAACUUUUCCAGAGAACAGUAUAUCUUGACUACCCAGUUUUUAAUCCAACUGUCAUGUUCAUGAUAUUAUAAAAAAGUAGAGGAAAAUCACGUUGUCUCUGAACAAUCACUUUAUCAAGAACAUUCUUCGAGCCGUAUGGAAAUGUAUAAAGAACGAAACAGUUGAUCUUUGAAACCAUAUAUGUUAUAAUUUUCAGUAUUUAAUCACCAUCCAUAAUGAUCACGAUAAAUGCUUGACUAAUUGAAUAAUCGAGAAUGGUAGGCAACUAUUGUAGCUUAGUUGAUAAGCGAAUUAUUUAUUUCCUCUAUUUAUUUAUUUAUUUAUAAAUUGCAAUAUUAUUUGUUACAUUAAUAAAUAUUGUUUGUAAUAAUGAUAA